AUGAAUACGUGGGAAAUUUCUGCGGAACGUGGAAUCCUCAGGCUAGCUAUCCCACGGUCCAAGGUCGUGGGGUCCGCAGACCGCAGGGUCAUGGCGCCGCGCAUGUGCCAUGUGCUCCCCUGUCGCAGCCAGUUUCUGUCAUCUGGACUCAAGGGUUUGAGAUCCCCUUCUAGCAGUGAUAAGAGGACCAUGCCGCAGCUAAAUUCUAGUCUGAGCAAUGGAAGUGGGACCGAAUAUACAGGGAACAAUGAUUACAUUGAUCAUGUUCCUGAUGGAACAGCUGAAGCUCAUCCAUUGGAGAGGGACUCUUUUCUCUUCACCUCUGAAUCAGUUGGAGAGGGACAUCCAGAUAAGAUGUGUGAUCAGAUAAGCGAUGCCAUUCUGGAUGCGCACUUGAGAGAUGAUCCCAAUGCCAAAGUGGCCUGUGAGUGUGUUGCUAAGACAGGAAUGAUCCUAGUUUGUGGAGAGAUCACAUCCUCAGCCAUAGUUGACUACCAGCAUAUUGUCCGUGAAACGGUCAAACGCAUUGGCUAUGACGAUUCCAAGAAGGGUUUUGACUAUGCAACAUGCAAUGUGAUGACAGUGAUUCAUCAGCAGAAUCAUGAGAUUGCUGCAGGUGUCCACAAGAACAAAGAGGAAGAUGAAUUUGGGGCUGGGGAUCAGGGACUGAUGUUUGGAUAUGCAACGGAUGAGACAGAGGAGAGCAUGCCUCUGACCAUUGUAUUAGCUCACAAGCUCAACAAGAAGAUUGCUGACCUUCGCAGAGAUGAGACUCUCUGGUGGGCACGACCCGAUUCAAAGACUCAGGUGACAUGUGAGUACUACUUUGAUCACGGGGCAUGUGUUCCGGUGAGGGUGCACACAGUAGUGGUAUCCAUUCAACACUGUGAGGAAGUGGACCUUCACCAGGUGAGAAGGGACAUAAUGGAAAAAGUGAUCCUUACCACAAUCCCCAAAAAAUACCUGGAUGAACAUACUAUCUACCACAUCAAUCCCUGUGGGAAUUUCAUCAUUGGAGGACCAAUGAUCUCUUAUGCCAUUGGGAUCUCAGAGCCCCUUUCUGUGACUGUAUUCAGCUAUGGAACAUCCAAACUCAGCCAAAAGGAACUGCUUGAGAUUGUCAAACGCAAUUUCGACCUUCGACCUGGUCGGAUCAUCAAGGAGCUUAACCUCCGGCACCCAAUCUACCAGGAAACAAGCACAUAUGGGCACUUUGGACGAGACAUCUUUCCUUGGGAGGUCCCAAAGAAACUUAUCUGAAGAGGGUCUUUUCAUUCUAGUUUCUCUUGUUUCUCCUAUCCCUCCUUAUCCAUCACUUGGAUUUCAGUUUUUGUGGAAUGCUAAGUCACAGAUGCACCUAUGUAUUGGUUAUUAACAGAGUGUGUCCAAAGCUUAGGCAACACUUGCAUAUGUGACACUGUUGAAUCAUCUGCCAAGAAGUGGUGGUGGAUAUUGUGAAAGAGUUGAUAGGAACAAUGGUACUCUUUGGGAACAAAGCUGCUGCCAUCAUUUAUCCUAUUCCUUCUAAUGUUCUGUGAUUUCAUUUUGAAUGAGAAGUCUCUUUGUAAACCCAUAAGUAUUCUUUCAGUGAUUCUUCUGACUGUCUAAUUUUUGGACACACUCAGCCACUAAUCAAGGGGUUCUCACACUAAUGCUGUUGUCUUCAUUCUCUGCUUGUUCUGUCUGAUAAAGCAUCUCUGACCAAGGCACAUUCCAGAAUUGAGAGUUACUGUGUGGACAAUGAGGUUGCCCCCUAAUUCAUUUCCUGUUCACUCUCCCAAGUCCAGUUUUGUGCUCAGUGCAAACAUACUUCAAGUGUGGGGAAUUGAUUUGGAGCAUGAUACUGUAUUCAGUUUAGAAUCCUGUGAAAGUUGAGUCCAUGCAAAACUCCCACAGCCAUUAGCUGACUGGUACAGUUGUUCUGAAUGGUGUUGCUUGCCUUCCCAGACUAUUUUUGGGGUAAAUGUAAGUUAUUUUAUCUUGAUGUGGUCUGCACUGAACUCUGAAUGUCCAACUCUUUGGUGGAAAUAUCUGUGUCCUUGGUCCCUCUUUUCCCUUUGUUCUCUCAAACUUCUCCCUGAUAUGAAUGUCUCUUUUCAGUCAACCAGAGGUGGGAUUCUAUUAGAGCAACUUUGUAAUGGAGUCACUUUUUCUUUCUGCAGUUGCCAUUUGCAGGUCACUUUUCUACUGAAGUGGGAAGCUGAUCUCCUUGUGCAUGAUAAUAUAUAAUUUUCUUGAAAUAGUUGCUCUGAUACAACUGUCUCAACUGGCCUCUGAAAUUUCCUUUCAUCAUGUUUAGUACAAAAUGGAAGAAUUGUUGAGCUACAUCAUCCCUCCCAAAGGGAUGCUUCCCAUGAAGAUGCUUCAUACAGAAAUGCAUCUGAAUCUCUGUCCUGGUGCUCAAAUUUAAGGAAUGGUAUUCCUAUGCUAAUACAUAGCUGACAUAAUGCAGAAAUACAUCCUCCAACUAAUCUAAUUCUAAGGUUUCUUUUUCCAUCCUACAUUUAUGAGAUACUUAUUAAGGAAAGAUAUCCCAUGAACUUGAGCUGCAAAGAAAUUGCUCACCUGUGGGAUGCUUAUUACAGAAAUGCAUCCCACAUGACUUCUGGGAUGCUUACUACAGAAAUGCAUCCCACAUGACCCCAGGGAUGCUUAUUACAGAAAUGCA